ACAUCACAUUAUCACAUUAAUCUCAAAGAUUAAACAGUAAAGUUUAUUGUGAACAUUUGCUUCUUUUUCCAUUUUAAAGUUAAACAAGAAGAAAAGAGCUGUUGGGUACACCUGCAGAAAGGCUGUCACUUCACACUUGGAAGAUUGCACAACGGCCAGGCAGAGACACUCCUCACUUCCCAGACAGGGCGGCUGGGCAGAGGCGCUUCUCACUUCCCAGAUGGGGCAACCAGGCAAGAGGCGCUCCUCAUUUCCCAGAUGGGGCGGCUGGGAAGAGGUGCUCCUCACCUACCAGAUGAAGGGCAGCCAGGCAGAGGCACUCCUCACAUCCCAGACGAUGGGCGGCCAGGCAGAGGUGAUCCUCACUUCCCAGACGGGGCGGCUGGGCAGAGGCACUCCUGACUUCCCAGAGGGGGUGGCCAGGCAGAGGCGCUCCUCACCUCCUAGACGGGGCGGCCGGGCAGAGGUGCUCCUCACCUCCCAGAGGGGGUGGCCAGGCAGAGGCGCUCCUCACCUCCCAGACGGGGCGGCCGGGCAGAGGUGCUCCUCACCUCCCAGAGGCGGCGGCCAGGCAGAGGCACUCCUCACCUCCCAGACGUCGCGGCCAGGCAGAGGUGCUCCCCACUUCCCAGACGGGGCAGCUGAGCAGAGGUGCUCCUCACCUCCCAGACGGGGCAGCUGAGCAGAGGCACUCCUCACCUCCCAGACUGGGUGGCCAGGCAGAGGCGCUCCUCACCUCCCAGACAAUGGGCAGCUGGGCAAAGGCACUCCUCACCUCCCAGACUGGGUGGCCAGGCAGAGGCGCUCCUCACCUCCCAGACAAUGGGCAGCUGGGCAAAGGCACUCCUCACCUCCCAGACUGGGCGGCUGGGCAGAGGUGCUCCUUGCCUCCCAGAUGGGGUGGCCAGGCAGAGGCGCUCCUCACCUCCAGACGAUGGGCAGCCAGAGAAAGGUGCUCUUCACUUCCCAGAUGGGGCGGCCGGGAAGAGGCACUCCCCAAUUCCCAGAUGGGGUGGCAGUCAGGCAGAGGCACUCCUUACAACCUAGAUGGGGCGGCUGGGCAGAGGCGCUCUUCACUUCCCAGAGGGGGUGGCCGGGAAGAGGCACUCCUCAACUGCCAGACUGGGUGGGCGGCCAGAGGAACUCAUCACCUACCAGACAAUGGGUGGCUGGGGAGAGGUGCUCCUCACCUCCCAGACGGGGCAGCCAUGCAGAGGUGCUCCUCACCUCCCAGAUGGGGCGGCCAGGCAGAGGCACUCCCCACUUCCCAGAUGGGGUGGUGGCUGGACAGGGUGCUCCUUACAUCCUAGAUGGGGCGGCCGGGCAGAGGCGCUCCUCACUUCCCAGAUGGUGUGUCGUCCCUGCAGAGGUGCUCCUCACCUCCCAGAUGAUGGGCAGCCAGGCAGAGGCGCUCCUCACCUCCCAGAUGAUGGGCAGCCGGGCAGAGGCGCUCCUCACUUCCCAGAUGGGGUGGCUGGGCAGAGGCACUCCUCACUUCCCAGAUGGUGUGGCCAGGCAGAGGCGCUCCUCUCCUCAGUUCCCAGAUUGUGUGUUGUCCUUUCAGAGGCGCUCCUCACCUCCCAGACGAUGGGCAGCUGGAGGGAGGCACUCCUCACCUCCCAGACGGGGCGACCGGGAAAAGGUGCUCCCACUUCCCAGACAGGGUGGGGGAUGGGCAGAGGCACUCCUCACAACCCAGACGGGGUGGCCGGGCAGAGGCGCUCCUCACCUCCCAGACAAUAGGCGGCCGUGCCGAGGCACUCCUCACUUCCCAGAUGGGGCGGCCAGGCAGAGGCGCUCCUCACUUCUCAGAUGCUGUGUCGUCCGUGCAGAGGCGCUCCUCACCUCCCAGACGAUGGGCAGCCAGGCAGAGGCGUUCCUCACUUCCCAGACGAGGCGGCCAGGCAGAGGCGCUCCUCACCUCCCAGACUGGGCGGCUGGGCAGUGGCGCUCCUCACUUCCCAGAUGGGGCAGCCAGGCAGAGGCGAUCCACACUUCCCAGAUGAAGUGGCCAGGGAGAGGCGCUCCUCACCUCCCAGAUGAUGGGCAGCUCGGCAGAGGCGCUCCUCACCUCCCAGACGGGGCGGCCUGGCAGAGGCACUCCUCACCUCCCAGAUGAUGGGCAGCUGGGCAAAGGCACUCCUCACCUCCCAGACGAUGGGCAGCUGGGCAAAUGCGCUCCUCACCUCCCAGACGGGGCGGCCGGGCAGACGCACUCCUCACCUCCCAGAUGGGAUGGCCGGGCAGAGGCGCUCCUCACUUCUCAGAUGGUGUGUCGUCCAUGCAGAGGUGCUCCUCACCUCCCAAAUGAUGGGCAGCCGGGCAGAGGCGCUCCCCACUUCCCAGAUGGGGUGGUGGCCGGACAGUGGUGCUCCUCACAUCCCAGACAGGGCGGCCAAGCAGAGGCGCUCCUCACUUCUCAGAUGGUGUGUCGUCCGUGCAGAGGCGCUCCUCACCUCCCAGAUGAUGGGCAGCCGGGCAGAGGCGCUCCUCACUUCCCAGAUGAGGCGGCCAGGCAGAGGCGCUCCUCACCUCCCAGACUGGGCGGCCGGGCAGUGGCGCUCCUCACUUCCCAGAUGGGGCAGCCGGGCAGAGGCGAUCCACACUUCCCAGAUGAAGUGGCCAGGGAGAGGCGCUCCUCACCUCCCAGACGAUGGGCAGCUCGGCAGAGGCGCUCCUCACCUCUCAGACGGGGCGGCCUGGCAGAGGCACUCCUCACCUCCCAGAUGAUGGGCAGCUGGGCAAAGGCACUCCUCACCUCCCAGACGAUGGGCAGCUGGGCAAAUGCGCUCCUCACCUCCCAGACGGGGCGGCCGGGCAGAUGCACUCCUCACCUCCCAGAUGGGAUGGCCGGGCAGAGGCGCUCCUCACUUCUCAGAUGGUGUGUCGUCCAUGCAGAGGUGCUCCUCACCUCCCAAAUGAUGGGCAGCCGGGCAGAGGCGCUCCCCACUUCCCAGAUGGGGUGGUGGCCGGACAGUGGUGCUCCUCACAUCCCAGACAGGGCGGCCAAGCAGAGGCGCUCCUCACUUCUCAGAUGGUGUGUCGUCCGUGCAGAGGCGCUCCUCACCUCCCAGAUGAUGGGCAGCCGGGCAGAGGCGCUCCUCACUUCCCAGAUGAGGCGGCCAGGCAGAGGCGCUCCUCACCUCCCAGCCUGGGCAGCCAGGCAGUGGCGCUCCUCACUUCCCAGACAGGGCAGCCGGGCAGAGGCGAUACACACUUCCCAGACGAAGUGGCCAGGCAGAGGCACUCCUCACCUCCCAGACAAUGGGCAACUGGGCAGAGGCGCUCCUCACCUCUCAGACGGGGCGGCCUGGCAGAGGCACUCCUCACCUCCCAGAUGAUGGGCAGCUGGGCAGAGGCGCUCCUCACCUCCCAGACGAUGGGCAGCUGGGCAAAGGCGCUCCUCACCUCCCAGACUGGGUGGUUGAGCAGAGGCACUCCUCACCUCCCAGAUGGGAUGGCCGGGCAGAGGCACUCCUCACUUCUCAGAUGGUGUGUCGUCCCUGCAGAGGCGCUCCUCACCUCCCAGAUGAUGGGCAGCCCGGCAGAGGCGCUCCCCACUUCCCAGGUGGGGUGGUGGCCAGACAGGGGUGCUCCUCACAUCCCAGAUGGGGUGGCCGGGCAGAGGUGCUCCUCACUUCUCAGAUGGUGUGUCGUCCGUGCAGAGGCGCUCCUCACCUCCCAGAUGAUGGGCAGCCGGGCAGAGGCGCUCCUCACCUCCCAGACAGGGCAGCUGGGCAGAGGUUCUCCUCACUUCCCAGACAGGGCGGCCGGGCAGAGGUGCUCCUUACUUCCCAGAUGGCGUGGCUGGGAAGAGGCACUCCUCACUUCCCAGAUUGUGUGUCGUCCACGCAUAGGCGCUCCUCACUUCCCAGACGAUGGGCUGCCAGAGGGAGGUGCUCCUCACCUCCCAGACAGGGCAGCUGGGAAGAGGCGCUCCCCACUUCCCAGAAAAUGGGCGGCUGGGCAGAGGCAGUCCCCACUUCCCAGACAGGGCGGCCGGGCAGAGGGGCUCCUUGCAUCCCAGAUGGGGCGGCUGGGCAGAGGCGCUCCCCACUUCCCAGAUGGGGUGGCUGGGCAAAGGCACUCCUCACCUCCCAGAUGGGGCGGCCGGGCAGAGGAGCUCCCCACUUCCCAGACAAGGCAGCCGGGCAGAGGCGCUCCUCACCUCCCAGAUGGGGCGGCCGGGCAGAGGCACUCCUCACCUCCCAGAUGGGGUGGCCGGGCAGAGGCGCUCCUCACCUCCCAGAUGGGGUGGCCCGGCAGAGGCGCUCCCCACUUCCCAGAUGGGGUGGUGGCUGGACAGGGGUGCUCCUCACAUCCUGGAUGGGGCGGCCGUGCAGAGGUGCUCCUCACUUCCCAGAUGGGGUGGCGGCCAUGCAGAGGCCCUCCUCACAUCCCAGAUGGGGCAGCCAGGCAGAGGCCCUCCUCACUUCCCAGAUGAUGGGCGGCCGGGCAGAGGCGCUCCUCACCUCCCAGAGGGGGCAGCCAGGCAGAGGCGAUCCUCACCUCCCAUACGGGGCAGCUGGGCAGAGGCGCUCCUCACUUCCCAGAUGAGGUGGCCAGGCAGAGGCGCUCCUAACCUCCCAGACUGGGCGGCCGGGCAGUGGAGCUCCUCACUUCCCAGAAGGGGCAGCCAGGCAGAGGCAAUACACACUUCCCAGAUGAAGUGGCCAGGCAGAGGCACUCCUCACCUCCCAGAUGAUGGGCAGCUGGGCAGAGAUGCUCCUCACCUCCCAGACGGGGCAGCCUGGCAGAGGCACUCCUCACCUCCCAGAUUAUGUGCAGCUGGGCAAAGGCACGCCUCACCUCCCAGACAAUGGGCAGCUGGGCAAAGGUGUUCCUCACCUCCCAGACUGGGUGGCCGGGCAGAGGCACUCCUCACCUCCCAGAUGGGAUGGCUGGGCAGAGGUGCUCCUCACUUCUCAGAUGGUGUGUCGUCCGUGCAGAGGCACUCCUCACCUCCCAGAUGAUGGGCAGCCGGGCAGAGGCACUCCCCACUUUCCAGAUGGGGUGGUGGCUGGACAGGGGUGCUCCUCACAUCCCAGACGGGGCGGCCGGGCAGAGGUGCUCCUCACUUCCCAGAUGGUGUGGCGGCCGUGCAGAGGCCCUCCUCACAUCCCAAAUGGGGCAGCCAGGCAGAGGCCCUCCUCACUUCCCAGAUGAUGGGCAGCCGGGCAGAGGCGCUCCUCACCUCCCAGAGGGGGCAGCUGGGCGGAGGUGCUCCUCACCUCCCACAUGGGGCAGCUGGGCGGAAGCGCUCCUCACUUCCCAGACUGGGCAGCCGGGCAGUGGCGCUCCUCACUUCCAAGACGGGGCAGCCGGGCAGAGGCGAUCCACACUUCCCAGACGAAGUGGCCAGGCAGAGGCACUCCUCACCUCCCAGACGAUGGGCAGCUGGGCAGAGGUGCUCCUCACCUCCCAGACGGGGCAGGCUGGCAGAGGCACUCCUCACCUCCCAGACGAUGGGCAGCUGGGCAAAGGCACUCCUCACCUCCCAGAUGAUGGGCAGCUGGGCAAAGGCGCUCCUCACCUCACAGACUGGGCGGCCGGGAAGAGGCACUCCUCACCUCCCAGAUGGGAUGGCCGGGCAGAGGCGCUCCUCACUUCUCAGAUGGUGUGUCAUCCGUGCAGAGGCGCUCCUCACCUCCCAGACAGGGCAGCUGGGCAGAGGUUCUCCUCACUUCCCAGACAGGGCGGCCGGGCAGAGGUGCUCCUUACCUCCCAGAUGGUGCAGCUGGGCAGAGGUGCUCCUCACUUCCCAGAUUGUGUGUCAUCCGCGCAUAGGCACUCCUCACCUCCCAGAUGAUGGGCUGCCGGAGGGAGGCGCUCCUCACCUCCCAGACAGGGUGGCCGGGAAGAGGCGCUCCCCACUUCCCAGAAAAUGGGCGGCUGGGCAGAGGCACUCCCCACUUCCCAGACGGGGCGGCCGGGCAGAGGGACUCCUUGCAUCCCAGAUGGGGCAGCCGGGCAGAGGCGCUCCUCACUUUCCAGACGGGGUGGCUGGGCAGAGGCACUCCCCACUUCCCAGAUGGGGCAGCUGGGAAGAGGCGAUCCUCACCUCCUAGACGUUGGGUGGCCGGGCAGAGGCACUCCUCACAACCCAGACGGGGCGGCCGGGCAGAGGUGCUCCUCACCUCCCAGACGGGGCAGCUGGGAAGAGGUGCUCCUCACCUCCCAGACAUUGGGUGGCCGGGCAGAGGCACUCCUCACCUCCCAGAUGGGGCGGCUGGGCAGAGGAGCUCCCCGCUUCCCAGACAAGGCGGCCGGGCAGAGGCGUUCCUCACCUCCCAGACAAUGGGCUCAAACAAAGGGCCAAAUUACCUAUAAAGUAAAUUAGAUUAACAACUGACUUAUCAGCAGAAACCCUGCAACCUAGAAAAGAUUGGGGCCUAGCGUUAGUCUUCUUAAAGAAAAAAAAAUGCCAUCCAAUAAUUUCUUUUUUUUGGAGACAGAGUCUCACUUUGCCAUCCAGGCUGGAGUGCAGUGGUGUGAUGUCAGCUCACUGCAACCUCUGCUUCCUGGAUUCAAGCAAUUCUCCUGCCUCAGCCUCCCCAGUAGCUGUGAUUGCAGGUGCCCGCUACCACACCUGGCAAAUUUUGGUAUUUUUAAUAGAGAGGGAGUUUCUUCAUGUUGGCCAGGCUGGUCUUGAACUCCUGACCUCAGGUGAUCUGCCUGCCUCGGCCUCCCAAAGUGCUAGGAUUACAGGUGCGAGCCACUGCGCCCAGCCAUGCAAGAAUUUCAUAACCUGCCAGACUGAGCUUCAUAAAGAAAGGAAAAUAAGGUAUUUCCAGACAAGAAAAUGCUAAGGGAAGUCAUUACCUCCAGACUGACUCUAAAAGAAAUGUUUAAAGGAGUUUGACUCGUGAAAAUAAAAGAAUGAUACUUGCUACCAGAAAAGCAUACAUGAAUACAAAAUGUACAGAACCUAUAAAGCAAUUAAACAAUUGAGACUACAAGGUAACUAGCUAAUGCUAUAAAAGGAAGAAAACGUAACACAUCAAUAUUAAGCUUGAAUGUAAAUGGCUGAAAUGCUCCACUGAAUAGACACAAAGUGGCAAACUGGAUAAAAAAAGAAGACACUUCUGCUGCCUUUGAGAGACCCAUCUCAUGUGUAAUGAUACCAACAGGCUCAAAGUAAAUGGAUGGAAAAAGAUUCAUCACAUAAAUGAAAAACAAAAAAGAGGUAUUGCUAUUCUUGUAUCAGAUAAAACAGACAUUAAGCUAACAACAGUAAAAAGAAAUACAAAGAAUGACAUUAUAUAAUGAUGAAGUGUUCAAUUCAACGAGAAGACUUAAGUGUCUUAAAUAUAUAUGCAGCCAACAUUAGAGCACCCAGAUUUUUAGAAUAAAUAUUACUAGACCUAAGAAAAGAGAUACACAGCUGUACAAUAAUCAUGGAGGACUUCAACACCCCACCGACAGCAGUAAGCAGAUUAGUUAGGCAGAUUAUUAGGCAGAAAACUAACAGUGAAACUGUGGACUCAAAUUGGGCUCUUGACCAAAGAGACCUAAUAGAUAUCUACAGAAUACUCUACCCAGAAACCACAGAAUGUACAUUUUUCUCAUUUGCACAUGGAACAUUCUCUAAAAUUGACCACAUGCUCAGUCAUAAAAUAAGCCUCAAUAAAUUUUUAAAAAUCACAACUAUAUUAAGUAUCUUCUCAGACCACUGCGGAAUAAAAUUAGAAGUCAAUAUCGAGAACUCUCAGAACCACAGAGGUACAUGGAAACUAAACAAUCUGCUCCUGAAGGACUUUUGUGUAAAUAACAGAAUUAAGGCAGAAAUUUAAAGAAAUUCCUGAAACAAAUGAAAAUAGAAACAUAACAUACCAAAACGUCUGGGAUACAGAAAAAACAAUGUUAAGAGGAGAGUUUGUAACACUAAAUGCCUACAUAAAAAGAGAGAAAGAUCUCAAAUUAACAAGCUAAAAUAGCCAAACACACUAGAAAAGAACAAACCAAACCCAAAGCUAGUAGAAGGAAAUAACAAAGGUUAGAGAAUAAGUUAAUGAAAUUGGGACCAAAAAAACCAUACAAGGAAUCAGCAAAAUUAAAAAGUUGGUUCUUUGCAAGGACACAUAAAAAUGAUAGAUUGCUAGUUAGAUUAUACAAGAAAAAAGAAGAUUCAAAUAAGCACAAUCAAAAAUGACAAAUGAGACAUUGCAAAGGAUACCACUGACAUAAAAAAAGAUCCUCAGAAUAUCUUUGUGUGCAUAAACUAGAAAACCUAGAGAAAAUGGAUAAAUUCCUGGAAACACACAACCUUCCAAGACUGAAUCAGAAAGAAACCAAAAGUCCACUAGGGCAGUGCCAUCAGGAAAUAUGGGAUUGAAGCCUCCACACAGAGUCCCCACUGGGGCACUACCUACAGGAGCUGUGGGAAUGGGGCCGCCACCUCGAGAUCCCUGAAUGGUAGAGCCAUGGGAAGCUUUCAUCCUGAGCCUAGAAAUACCACAGGCACUCAACUCUGAUCCAAGACAGCAGCCAUGGUGACUGUACACUGCAAAGCCACGGAGGCAGAGCUGCAUAAGGUCUUGGGAACCCCCCCCUUGCACAAGUGUGCCCUGGAUGCAGGACAUGAAAUCAAGAAUUAUUUUGGAGCUUGAAGGUUUAAUGUUUGCCCUACUGGGUUUCAGAUUUGCCUGAGGCCUGUUGCCCCUUUCUUUUGCCCAACUUCUCCAUUUGGGAAUGGGAAUAUUUACCCAACACCUGUACUGCAUUGAAUAUUGGAAGCAAAUAACUUGGUUUUGAUCUUAUAGGCUCACAGAUGGAGGAACGUACCUUGAAGCUCAGAUGAGAUUUCGGACUUUUGAGUUGAUGCUGAAACAGCUUGAGAUUUUUGGGGACUACUGAGAGAGGAUAAUUGUAUUGUGCAAUAUGAGAAAGACAUGAGAUUUGGGGGGGCAUGGGGUGAAAUGACAUUGUUUGGAUGUGUUUACCCUCCAAAUCUCUUGUUGAAUGUGAUCUUAAACGUUGGUGGUGGGCCUAGUGGAAGGUGUUGAAUCAUGGGGGUGGACCCUUCAUAAUUUGCUUAGCUCCAUCCCCUUGGCGAUGAGUGAGUCCUUGCUCUGUUGUGUCACACGAGAGCUGGUUGUUUAAAACAGCCUGCCAUGUUCCCCUUCUUGCUAUUCAUUUCUCUCUUGACACGUGAUACACUGGCCCUCACUUUGCCUUCCUCUGUGAUUGGAUGCUUUCUGAGGUCUCACCCAAACCUGAGCAGGUGCUGGUCCCAUGCUUCUACUGCCUGCACAACUAUAAACCAAAUAAAUAUUUUUUCUCUAUAAAUUUAAAAAAAUCUGAACAGACCAGUAGUUAAUUAUGAAAUUGAAUUUGUAAUAAAAAUAUUUAUCAGGCAGGAGAAGCCCAGGACUAGAUGAAUUCACAGCUGAAUUUUACCAAGCAUACAAAAAAAUAGAUGGUAUCAAUCUUACUGCAACCAUUCUAAAAUAUUGAGGAGAAGGAAUUCCUCUCUAACUCAUUCUACAAAACCAGUAUCAUCCUGACACUAAAAUCUAGCAAGGAAACAACAACAAACUACAGGCCAAUAUCUGAUGAACAUAGAUGCAAAUAUCCUCAACAAAAUGCUAGCAAACCAAAUCCAUCAGCAUAUGAAAGAUGUAAUUCAUCAUGAUUACAUGGGUUUUAUUCCUGGGAUGCAAGGACUAUUUAACAUACGCAAAUCAAUAAAUGUGAUUUACCAUAUAAACAGAAUUUAAAACAAAAAUCAUAUGAUUAUCUCAAUAGAUGCAGAAAAAAACAUUCAAUAAAAAUUCAACAUCCUUGCCAGGUGCGGUGGCUCAAACCUCUAAUCCCAGCACUUUGGAAGGCAGAGGUGGGCCAAUCAACAGAGGUCGGGACCAGCCUGACCAACAUGGAGAAACCCCAUUUAGAACUAAAAAUGCAAAAUUAGCUGGGCGUCGUGGUGCAUGCCUGUAAUCCCAGCUACUCAGGAGGCUGAGUCAAAAGAAUGGCUUGAACUGGGGAGGUGGAGGUGGCAGUGAGCCAAGAUCACACCACUGCACUCCAGCCUGGGCAACAGAGCAAGACUCCGUCUCAAAAAACCAAACCAAACCAAACCAAACCAAAACAAAAAAACCCUGAAAUCAUAUCAAUUAUUUUUUCUGACCAG